CUUCGUUUUGUUCCCCAAAGGCACGGUUGUUGAUAUAUACCAUUCCGCUGAGUUAAAAAUGGAUCCAUUAUACCAAGAAUUCGGCUGCUGGUGUUUCCCUUUAGUGUUUAGAGCAUUGGAGCCGUGGCAUUGGCAGCUCUUAGUUGGCACUUUGGUGACGUCACGUAAUUUAAUUUAGUGACGUUUUAGACAGUUUUCGAUACACAAUCAUCGCUUCACAUUUGUAAUAUUACACUAAUCAUUAUAGAGCGCCGCGAAGGAUAAAAAGAGUGCGCAGUCAGCCGGGCGUGCCAGUAGUAAAGAUGGCCGCUGCUAGCUUCACUCGGCCUGCGCAAUGGGCAACGAGCCGCGUAACGUCUCAUUGGCGCUCACUCUGCCUUUUGGCCAUCGAUUGCUUUUGCCUUGCCGCUCAGUUUGUUUUGGUUGUGGCGGGAAGAGGCAGCGCCCGGUAAAGGCUGAUAGACGGGGCUGAGAAGCCGGACACAAGCCGUGACCCCAGAGACAUGUGGAGAGGUAAACCCCGGAUAGGGUGUCACUCAGUGUGCCGCUCUAUGUACCGGCAAAUGGUCUGUGCACCAUCACCACUGCAGAGCACUGUGAUUAUUAUUAGUAUUAUUAUUGCUGCCAUUUAUAUAGCGCCAACAGAUUCCGUAGCGCUUUACAAUAUUAUGAGAGGGGGGAUUUAACUAUAAAUAGGACAAUUACAAGAAAACUUACAGAAACGAUAGGUUGAAGAGGACCCUGCUCAAAGGAGCUUACAGUCUAUAGGAUAAAUGUAUUCAGUGUUAGGAGAGGCGCCUUUCCAGCUCCGUCUAUCUAUCCCAGUUUGACAGCAGCCUGUGAGCCGGGGAUGAUUAAUGCCGAUAUGGAUGUAAAUAUCAUGUUGGCUGAUCACUCUCAGCCAUGUGAUGGGUUUCUGCCCUGAAUAAAACAGACACAUGGCUCCUCCAGGAGACUGGGCGCAGUGUAAGUGUCUGAUGGCAUCCAGGUAAGUGUCAAACACUGUUACAGUGUGACCGACUACACCGGGAUGGCACCAUAACCACUGCAGCAUUUAAUAGGACAUGCACACUGUGUCUCUUCUCACAUAGUGUACUUCAGACUAAUGGACAAUAUAUUCCAUGGUAUUUAUAGAUGCUUAUUAGGCUAGAUAGGAUGUAUGUUCAAGACAACCAGAGCUAUAAACGAACAAGUCUUUGUGUGUGUGUGUUUCUGCUUAGGCUGAAACAAACCAUAAAAUUUCACUUCAGGAUUUUAAUAAAAAAGUAAUGCCGUGUUAUUAGAAAGGGAAAGAGAGAAGAAAAAAAAAACCUGGCAAUCCAUAUUUUUCUGAAAAUUUAUGCAGUUGUUAAAGGGACAUUCAAGAUUCCUAUUACUAUUUGACCCUUUUUAUUUUAUUUUACACAAUUUUAUAAAUUAACCUUGUUGCAAUCCCCUGGUUGUCAAUUGGCCCACAGGUUCUGUUAUUUCCUAUUUAUUUAUUUAUUUAUUUAAGCUCAGAGCACCUGCCUUACAAAGACUUCUCAUUGAACUGCAUUAAGAAGUCUGUGAUUGGGCAGGGUUCAGAGGGGAGAGUUUGUAAAGACUGCAGACAAUAGAUUUGCAGCUGUUCUAUACUCACAAUGGGAAAAAUUAAGGCAUGCAUUUUUCAUUAAGGGUAUUUUUACUAUAUAGUGAUAUUUUUUUUUAUUUGGUCAGUGCCAUACAUUCUGUUGUAGUACUUCUGGUUCCUUUAUAGUAGUGCUUCACAAAUUUGCUUGGAUUCUAAAAAAGUUAGGCACCAGGUAUUUUUAAUGAACAAAGCUUAAUUUUCAGAAAACACCAUUCUUAAAGGGACACUAUAGUCACCAGAAAUCAUUACACCAUAAUGGAGUGGUUCUGGUGUCCAUAGCCUGUUAUUACAGGCUUUUAAAUGAAAACACUGCCGUUUCAGAGAAAAGGCAGUGUUUCUAUUGCUGCCAAGUAACACCUCUAGUGACAGUCACUCAGACGGCCACUCUGUGCAAUUCCUAGUCGAGUGCUGCACAGUGUGUAGCCAUGAUGUUCAGCGUCUCCUUCGAUAUGCAUUGAUUGAAUGCAUCUCUAUGAGGAGAUGCUAAUUAGCGCCCAGGCAAUAGCCUCCCAGUGCUUUCCUAUGGGACAGCACUGGCUUGGCUGAGAUCAUCAAGAUUGAUUAUUUCAGCCGUCAAGGUGUCGCGAUGCCAGCGUGUGGGGGGGGGGAGAGACAGUCACAUUAACAGAGACGCACAUAAAUUGACAAACACACCACUCUCACACACUCAGAGAGAAAAAAAAAAUAUAUAUAUAUAUAUAUAUAUAUAUAAAUGGAGCUGCUACAUUUUUAAAGAUGUUCUAAUAAAUUUCUGAAUUUUAACUUUUACCUGAAACCGUGAGUGCUGGCCAUUUUCUGCCUAUGUGUGUAUAUAUAUAUAUAUAUAUAUAUAUAUAUAUAUAUAUAUAUAUAUAUAUAUAUAUAUAUAUAUAUAUAUAUAUAUAUAUAUUUUUAUUAUUAUUUCCAUUUAAAUCCACAUACCUUUUGGGAGGAGAGCUGGAGUGGUACACCUUACCCUGGGGUCCAGUGGGGCUGCUGUAAUCUAUCUGCUCCCUCUCCCAUGCAGUUUAGUGAUGCAAAGGCCGGAGUUACGUCAUAUUCAAGAUCCCAGCAUCACUGCUGGGCGUGUGAGGGAGCAUUGCAGAUGGGUUACAGCUCCCUUGCCUCCUCUGUUUCGCACAACCGGCUGCAUUCUUCAGCUCUCGAAGAGGCGACCUGCCCCCUCUGGUCUCUAUUUGCCAGGAGAAAAUUCCUAGUCGCCGUGGUGACCUGAGAUUUUUGAGCCCUGCUUUAAAGUGAAAUUGCAGUUGUUAAUUAUGCUAUCAAAUGUAUAUAUUUGGGGGGGGGAAAAACUCUUCCAAAUUCUUCAGCAUAGACUCUGUGCCCAAGAAAUUGAUUGGCUAUAAUAGACCUCUUCCUUAUCGAGAAUAGUAUCUAUGAUGCAAGUGCCGUAGUUGCUAGGUUACCAAAGUUACACUGUUCAGACACCGGCAUGCUGGCAAUGAAGUCUGCGUUUUGACGUCAUCGGAAAUGAUUGCCUUGCUUGGGUAAGUGUCCCAAGCAGGCAGAGCAAAGGUGGACUUGAAGUGUUACAAUACCUAUAAACAAAACAGUGCAGCAUUGUUCAAGAUGUGAGUUUAUAUCACAACACUUUUAAAAGGACACUUCAUGCACCAUAACAACGUAAUCUAAAUGAAGUUGUUAUGUUUCCAGGAGGCACGUUUACCUCAAGGGGUUAAACAGUUAUCGAAUGGUUUAACCCCUAAGUUGCCUGACUUGUAAAGAAACGUACCACUUCCAAGCCAGUUUAGAGAAUGGGGAGUUACUGAUUGGCUGAGAGCGGCACCUUUACCCGGCGGCACUCCACACUUCCUGAAUCUGAAAAUUCAGUAGAAUAACUUGAUUUAAAUAAAAUUGUUUUGGUGCUUGGAGUGUCCCUUUAACUGAAUACACCAUGUAUUUUCCUGUCGUAAAUGGCAGUACUGCACAAGUAGUUUGUUCCCUCUUAUGUGGACAAGAAGCUUUGAAAAGAUAUAAACAUUUAAAUAAUCCCGCCUAUCUGCUCAUAAAAGGCAGUAACAUCCUUCCAUCCACAGUUCUUCUUGUCCCGACAACGGGGUGGACAAGACGCUUCAGGACAGACUGAGGCUUACAGGUUGCAGCCAGGGAGAUGUGGUCCCCAAACCUCCCUGGGAGGUGAGCUUAGAGGUACCCUUCCACACAAGCGUUAUGGAACGCAAGUGGAAGGGGGCUUUUCAUUAUGCCGGCAGGAAGUGGGAGAUCCCAGACGCCCCUCCAAUCCAGGAGCAGGCCUUGCGCACAGCAGUGCAACGCACGCCCGGGUUGCCUUGCGUUCCCCUGAAAUGUGCGCGAUCGGAACUUAGAAAAUGUGCCACAAAAUUGGCACUAUAAGCUGUACUGAACAGACUGACAUCUGGGUGGUCGCCAGUAUCUGGUUUACAGUGGCCCCAGCCCUCCCACACGGCAGUGAGGUAUUUUGAGGUGAGAUUUAUUAGUCUCUACUUUAAAAUGCCUCAGCUUUUAUUUCUUAUUCUAUGUUUUUAGUGAUAUUCUUAUUUUAUUUCAGAUAUGUUCAGGCCUGCAUCCCUAGACAAGGAGACAGAAAAAAAAGUCGGUUCCACCUCCAAGGAAGGCUUCAUGUAAAGGUAAACCCCUCUUCUGCUUGGAAUGUGCUGUUCCGCUGCCAGACGGAUGUAGAAAAAAGACGUGCAACCAGGAUGCUGCAGAAUCUUUAGAAAAAUCAAAACAAAAAGAGAUGCAAUUUUUUUUUUUUGAGCUGGUUUCAGGAAAACCUAUCUCAAAUGUUUAAAUAAUUUGGUAAAGCAUGACAGCGGUGCUGUUAAGAUUCCAGAGAAGGAAGAUAAAAAAAAGUAAGCGUUUGAAGUCAUCUUCACAAUCAGAUUUGUCUUCAGGUGAAUGUUCAAAUUCUUCAAGAUCGGAAGUUUCCAGCCUGGAUGAAGGUUUUCCUCCAGAGGAACUUUGGUUAAGGAAGUUUCUGCCUUAUUUCAGGGAAUGGAACCCACUAAAAGUAAGGCAAAAGGUUUCCCUAUUAAUUCCAGAAUUCUGGAGCUGCUCCAAAGGGAGUGGAAAAAUCCUGAAAGACAGGCUUUUGUUUCUAAACACUUUAAAUAGAUUUUUAAGUUGCAAAAUGAAGAAAGAUGGCAAGAUCUACCGAAAGUUGACAUCCAAGUAGCCCAGCUCUCCAAAAAAAACACAAUUCCUAUAGGGAAAUUUCAGGUUUCAGCCUAUGGAUAAGCGUGCAGAAACAUUGUGCAGAAGGGCUUAUCAGGCUGCAGGUUAUCAAUACAAAGCUGCUAUUUUAGGAGUGAGAGUAGCAAAGGCGCAAGGUGCCUGGCUCUUCUUGGAGGAUAUGGUAGCAGAAAAAGCAGACAAAGUCCUGUUGCACUUUUUUUUCUUUUUUUUUUUUUUAACCUUUUACGUCUAUCUAAUGAAUUUAUUCAAGAUAUGACCGAAGAAUGUCUCAGACUUUCUGCCAGAAUCAUGGGUCUAUCAUCAGUAGCCAGGAGGGCUCUGUGGCUCCGAUCGUGGAUGGCAGAUACAGCAUCUAAGGGUUAUCUGUGUGAACUGCCCUUUGAGAGGAACAAACUGUUCGGAUCUACACUGGAAGACAUUAUUAAACAAGUGGCUGAUACUAAAAAGGCCCUGCCACAAGAAUUCAUAUCAUCUAACACCAAGAGGUUUCAGUACAGGAUUUAAAGAUCCUUACGGUUCCAAGAUAAAUCUAGAAGGUUUCGGAAACCAUUUCGUGAAGACAAGCGAGAAUACCCAGCCAAGACAGGUUUUGGCUACCAGAAUUAAAGAAGGAAAUAUUGACGCCACACAAGUUCCAAUGUUGUAUACUCUCGUCAAAAAACAGACAUAAGUUUUCAUCUUAUUCUACACCUAAAAACAAUAAACUCGUGCAUUCCGUACCAACGAUUCCGCAUGGAAAAUAUCCUUUCCGUCACUCAUAUUCUUCAAAAGGGAGAUUACAUGGUGAAAGUAGAUCUCAAGGACGCCUAUCUCCAUGUGCCUACGGCCACAAGCUCAUGAAGGUUUCUCAGGUUUGCAAUAAAAUCAGACAAACAAAAACUUCUCCAUUUCCAGUUCCGGGCACUUCCAUUUGGCCUAUCUUCAGCUCCUCGUAUUUUCACGAAGAUCCUUAUACCUUUAACAACCGCACUGAGAAUAAAAGGCAUUGCCAUCAUCCCUUACUUAGACGAUUGGCUGCUGAAGGCAGAAUCAAUGGAACAGCUGGAAAGGAAUCUUCUGCUUACGACUCAGUAAUUCCAGGCUCAUGAUUGGAUAAUAAAUUCAAAAGAAAUCAGCGUUGUUUCCCACCACACAGAUACUGUUUCUAGGCCUGCUGGUGGAUUCAGUGGCUCAAAAAAAUCUUCUUGCCAAAAAAGAAACUAAGAAGAAUAAAACAAGAGAUUUGUACUCUUCAGAAAAAUAAUCAAUGUUUAGUCAGACAAGCAAUGAGCCGCUUUAGGCCUCCUUACAUCCACCAUCCCGGUGGUAAAGUGGAAAAGAUCUCAGAUCAGACCUCUUGUCCAAAAGAGAUUCAAAUGUCAGAGUAAAAAGUCAACUGAAUUGGUGAAUAGAUUCAAGAUUAAUUUAAAUCAGUCUGUCAUUUAAGCAAAGAAAUUGGGUCACUAUAAAUACAGAUGUAUCAGUGACAGGUUGGAAUGCACACUCUUUCACCUAGUUUCCUGGUCCCAAACUGAAGCUGCUCAGUCUUCAAACUACAGGGAAUUGAAAGCUGUGUGGAAUGCCCUUCUAGAUUUAAAUCUAGAAAUCCGAAAUAAAUCGGUGAGCAUUCAAUCAGACAAUCUCACUACUGUCUCUUACCUGAAUCAUCAGGGCUGUACUAUUUAAUAACACUCAAAAGGCUCUGCGCUCAGAUCAUGGCUUGGGCUCAGAUCGAACUGGAGUCCAUUUCAGCAACUUACAUAAAAUGCUCAGAUAACAUAGUGGCAGACGAUCUGAGCAGGCAACGCUGGAUUCGGACAGGCCCCUUCAUCUAGACACAUUCAAGAUCCUAGUCAGAAAUUUCGGUCUACCAGAGAUGGAUCUUAUGGCCAACAGACUGAGCGCGAAAGUAAGAAACUUUGCUUCCAUUAUGAAACAAGAUCCCUUGGAAAUUCAAGAUUGCGUACAUCUUCUCUCCAGUAGCAUUAAUAGCUCGAAUUGUACAAAAAAACUUCGUAAAAACAAGGCAAGGGUGUUAGCUAUCCUCCCCUAUUGGCCAAACCGGAGCUGGUUUUUCCAAAAUCAAUCAGCUGGCAGUCUUUCGUUGGGUUCUUCCUUACUGGAACACCCAGACGUCCAUAUGGAAACGUUGAUGUUUCGAUUGACGGCUUGGCUGCUGCAAGGAUAAUUCUCAAGGAGCAGGGUAUUUCAGACUCCAUCUGUGACACCCUCCUGUCCCCAACCCAUAAUUCUUACACUAAGAGUUACCUCAGGAUCUGGCAAGAUUUAACAGUGGUGCUUAACAGGAUAUUGAAGAUAGUUGGUCUUUCAUUCCUAGUGUCUCAUCGCUUGAAGUACAAGUUUCUGCCCUAAUUUUAUUGUAAAGGUUUGGCGUCCAACAGGCUUCAUCAUAGAUUCUUUAAGUCUGUUUAUCUAAAACCUCCUCCUCAUAUUUCUGCCUUUCCCACUUGGGAUUUGUCUUUAGUGCUUAAGACAAUGCGCAAUUCCCCCUUCGAACCUUUGCAAGAGAUUUCUUUGAAGAUGUUGACGUUUUAAAACUGCUUUCUUGGUAGCAAUUACUUCGGCCAGCCUAUUGUUCUGCUUUCCUUCUGUCAAGACCACUAUAUGGAAACAGAGAAGAAUUGGCAUUGCCUAGAUGUUAGAAGGGCCGGAUACCUGCUGAUACCUCCGCAGAUCAGCCACUUACAGGAUUUCUGACUAUUUUCAAGGUGGAUUUAAAGGACCACUAUAGUGCCAGGAAAACAUACUCGUUUUCCUGGCACUAUAAUGCCCUGAGGGUGCCCCCACCCUCAGGGUCCCCCUCCCGCCCGGCUCUGGAAGGGGGAAAGGGGUAAAAACUUACCUUUUUCCAGCGCUGGGCGGGGAGCUCUCUGCCUCCUCUCCUCCUCCGAUCCGCCCCGUCGGCUGAAUGCACACGCGCGGCAAGAGCUGCGCGCGCAUUCAGCCGGUCGCAUAGGAAAGCAUGCAUAAUGCUUUCCUAUGGACGCUUGCGUGCUCUCACUGUGAUUUUCACAGUGAGAAGCACGCAAGCGCCUCUAGCGGGUGUCAAUGAGACAGCCACUAGAGGAUUUGGAGGAAGGCUUAACCCAUUGAUAAACAUAGCAGUUUCUCUGAAACUGCUAUGUUUAUAAAAAAAAAAUGGGUUAACCCUAGAAGGACCUGGCACCCAGACCACUUCAUUAAGCUGAAGUGGUCUGAGUGCCUAGAGUGGUCCUUUAAAGGCAGGAUGGCUUCCAGGGCUACAUUAGCCAGAUGGCUCACUGAGGCCAUUAAGUUGGCCUAUAAAAUCAGCAAUGUCUCCCUGCACUUUCCAGCCAAAGCACACUCCACCAGGGUCAUGUCUACUUCCUGCGCGGAGAGGUCAUCAGCUUCUCCAGAAGAUAUCUGUAAAGCUGCUACUUGGUCCUCACUCCACACUGUCAUAAAGCAUUACAGGCUGGACAUAUUCUCCUCCCCUGAAGCCGUUUUUGGUGCUCCAAGCUGUGGUUUACUAAUUACCCACCCACUUGCCUUUAAGGAUCUUGCUAUAUCCCACUUGUGCAGUACUGCCACUUAUGACAGGAAAAACAGUAAUUUUACUUACCAUAAAUUUUAUUUUCCUUAGAGUGGCAGUACUGCAUUCUUUCCCUCCCACUGGAUAAUAAAUUAUAUUUUGCAAGAUUUGGUCUCCAUAUGGUUAUUUAGAAAACUGUGGAUGGAAGGAGGUUACUGCCUUUUAUGAGCAGGUAGGCGGGAGUAUUUAAUUUUUAUAUAUAAUUUUUAAAUUUUUUUAUUUAUUUUUUAUAUUUAUAUUUUCUGAGCUUCUUGUCCAGGGAAGUGGGAACAACCUACCUGUGCAGUUUUCUCACUGAAUUUUAUCCUUUCAGAUGCUGGCAUGUUUUUACCAAAACCACUUAACUAUAUCUGCCUGUAAGAAAAGGCAAAGCCAGUAGAGAAAUAAGGAACCUUUUUAUGACAAACCCUAGCAUCAAUAUGAUUAUAUUUAAAAUAAUACCUGGGAAAAAAUUUCUCUGAACCUUACAUUGCACAUUACUUAUUUGAUAUUGUAAUAAAUUACAAGGGGUGGAAUCCAAUAUUACAUAUAUUUAAAUUGCAAGUAAUGUAAUACAAUUUGGAGUGUAACGGUACAAUAUCUUAGGAACAAUAGAAAUUAUAGCAAAGAUUUGUGAUGCAUAGGUGGUGUAGGAUAUAUAGUGUGGGCAGGAAACCAAUCAAGAUAAAAAUACUGUAAGUGGAAUAAGUUAUGGCAAAAUAUAUGAAUCAAAAUGAUUACAUACUGUUAAAAAAAUAAUGUAAGUAUGUAAUUUGUAAUGGGCAGGGCACCAACAAAAAGGUGGUAAUUGGACAUAAGAGAAGUGAAAGGAACUAACAUAAACUUAAAGGAGCACCGCACUCACCAAUACAACUUUAAAGGGACACUGUAAUCACCAGAAAAAUUACAGUUUAAUGUAGCUGUUCUGAUGUAUAUAGCCUGUCCCUGUAGGCAUUUUAAUGUAAACACUUGCUUUCCAGAGAAAAAAGGCAUUGUUUAAAUUACUGCCUAGGUAUACCUCCAGAGUCAACAUAACGUGCAGUACUGAUGUUCAGCUUCUCUAUGUUCUGCGUGGAGGCACUGAACUUUCUGCAUAGAGAUGCAUUGAGUCAAUGCAUCUCUAUGAGGAGAUGCUGAUUGACACAUAGCUGUGGUUUGCUGCGCAUAUGUGAUAACCUCCCAAUGCUUUCCUAUGGGCCAAUGGGGUAGAGCGUGAGCGGACCAGCGCGACCCUGGAAAAAGGUGAGGAAAUCACUGUUUUAACUGGAGGUAAGGUUGGCCGGAGUAUUCCUGACACUAUAGUGUUCCUUUAAUGCACUUGAUAGACUUUGGCUUUGUAAAUAUGCACUAUGUAUUUAUUUUGUUGCAUGCUCAAGUCUUUAUAGUUUUUACAAAGUCUGCAUUAUAAGUCUGCCAUAUUAGCUUUGCCCACUUUUCUCAUUGGAAUAAAUUUCCAAAUGGACUUAGAAUCAGGUUGUGUUUUUAUUUAUUUAUUUUUUGUAAAUUUUAUUUUUGUAGUGCAUACCAAGAUACACAGGCUUUGAGUGAUAUUUUGUGAGAUCAUAGACAAUAGUACAAGACACAAAACAUCAAGUAAUACCGCACUGUUUAGUAGGGUGAGUAUCAAAAUGCAGAAAACUUGGUCUGUCAGGCUAGGUAUGCUUGGCUAAAUAAAAACCUCGUUAAAUACUAAACCUGUGCAUCAGUAAAGUCUUCUGGACAUGAAUGAAGAAAAUUAUAGAAUAGGUGAUCAAACAUGCUAAACUGCCAUAUGCAACAAAACAUUUAUGCCACUGGGUGCUGGACUUAAUAGAGAAGAGGACAGAGAUCCCUGCAUCAAUAACUUGUUCGUAGCAAUAUAUAGGCAGGAUCUCCUCAGGCAAAGAUGUUUGGAAUCAUCCAAUGCCGCAAGAUACAGUCUGUCACUUUGGUAGGCGUGAUGACAGCUCUCCCCCACAUGUCCUGCAAGAUUAGCCAGACUUUACAUUCAAAAUCCGAGGUAGGGUUGCUGUACCCAGAGUCUUCAUCCCCUUGAGCCCAGACCUUAGGGUGAGCCAAUGUAGUGUAUCCACGGAUUCUCCAUCUCUAUUCGGUAGGGUCGCGGGUUCCAUGAAUCGAAGGGCUCUUCUUGAAUGUAGGCGGCUGGGUGAAGGUACCCCCAGCCUGGUGCAAGGUGGCCAAUCUGACAGAGCAUCUCUGGUGGUCAGAUUAGUAGGCAUAUCUUUGGAGAGGUGUCGGUGGGCAAUGCAGUUCCAAAACUAUUGGAUGAGCUGAUCAAAUUGCUCUUCAAAGCACUCUUUCCAGCUCUGAGUUCCUGGGCCUUUCUGGGACUGUGAAGGCUGUGGCGUGUCGGCUAGUUUAGGACUGUCACAAGGCCUCUGAGUAGGCAUAAGACUCCGCUGAUACAGAGAGGUAAGUUUCCCUAGUGGGGACCAGGAUAACCUUCGCCGUUCCAGAGGGGGAGGGUUGCAGGGCUACAGAAGAGUGUCGGGGCAUCGGCCGCCUCCUUCGGGCAUGGUCGGAUUGUGCAAAUUCUCAACUGAUUGGUGUCGAAGGAACAUUCACAAAUACUCUCACGAUCCAGUGUCGGUCCACCGUAUGUGCAGACCAGAUCCAGCACGGUUUUAGCAUUUACAGCUCAAAUGAAUUUUGACUGUGCUGGAGGUGUGAAGAAACACGUCUGCCCAUCUUGGCAGUAUGCCCUGCCCCCAGAAUCAGGCUUUUGAACAUGUGUUGUACACAGGUGUGGCCCCCAAUUAGUCACAUUGGAAAACACGUUUUCUUACCAUAUUAGAGGUAUUUAAACUUUUUUUUUCAAUUUUGCGGUUUUUACAAUAACAAUAACAGAAAGAGGGUUGUGUUGGUGUUUAAGUCUAUGAAGUAGUGCUGUUUUUGUGCUGUAACUCGUAAAGGUUGCAAAACAUAGGAGUUUUUGUUUUUGGUUUUUUAGUCCUUUUUAUAUAUCCGAUUUAAGUAAUGCUAUUCUGUUUCUUCUUUGUCCCUUAGAUGUCCCUAAAUGAUUAUAACCAAAACACUUGUUAUAGUUUCUGUCACUAGAUGGCAUAAAGAGAACAAAUUUGCAGAAAUUAACAUUUCAUCUGAUUUUAUAGGAAAAGAGCCCAUUAACAAGGAAUUUACCAGUGAUGUAACGCAUACAUUUUAUUCCAAACUAAUAAAAUAUAUUAAUAAUGAUGUGACUUUACUUUCCCAUCUGGGCAGCAUAACACUAAAGUAUCCAUAGAGUGAAGAUGACAAGAUGUGUGCAAGUUUUGUUUGUUUUUCAUUUAUCUACAAUCUUUUCCUUAAAUUUCAAUUUUGUAAAUAGUUUAAAAAAAAUUAUUUUUUUAUUUUUUUUAUUUUGUAUUUUGUCGUGCAGAGUUUAAACAUGUGGGUUUGCACUGCCACAGCAGCUGAUGCAACCAGGUUUGUAUUCACAUUUAAUGACAUGGCAUUAUAGGAAAACAUUGCACUGUUUUUGUUUUGGUUUUUUUAAACCGGGAAAUGAACAGGAUUAUAUCUUAAGUUUCAGAGAAAACAAAGGGAAACAAUAGCUUGGCUCACAGAUGGGCUUCACCUAGUAGUCACAAUGAGAGUAACGAUCAGGCUAGGACUAUACAUUACAGAGUUGGGCUAAUCAUUCCUAUCCCAGAAUCUGACUACACAAGGUUAUGUAAUUAAUAUAGUUGUAAAUGUGCUACGCUAGGUGAGAGUAAAAUAACUGAAAAUUAAUAUACGAGUGGGAACAGGCUAGUUCCACAUGUCUAGGCAGGAAAACACGUUUACCUUGAAUUAAAGAGGCUAGCUAGGCAUGUGGGUUAAGUCACAGUAAAAUAUCGCUAGACGUAGUAGUAUUGCAUGAAUGAGGAGCCACUGAUCUGGGUCACUGUCAUAGUUCUGCAUUACGAAGGAGAUUAACUAAAUGCUAAACACACGAAUGAAAAAUAAAAUCAUCGCUCAUAUUGGGGAGAAGAUGCUUAACAUGAACAGAUUCACCUCUCCGCUCAGUCCCAGUGUCCUGUUCAGCCUAUAACCUCCAAGGGUAGUGCACAGUUAUGUAAUAAAGAAGCAAGCUGUAUGCUAUGUGGCCAAUUGGACUGGUACUGGACUCCUGCCCGGCUUGGAGUUCCCCUCGAGAGCACCAACUUGCGAGGUCUGCCUAUGCUCCGCUUGUGCUGGAGGGUCAUGUGGUUUUUGAUUCUCUGCCAGAGUGAAGCUAUGGCUGCUAGUACAGCUGAGGACCAUGGUGGGUGACUCAGAGGUAUGUAUUUACCCUUUUGCAGAGGAGCAGCUGUGCUUCCCCGCGAGGCCUGUAUCCCGCCCUGCCGCCAUGUUGAGGCUUGAUGCAUUGCCGCAGCUGUGAACUUCAGUUGAAUGGUUGGUUGGAGUUGGCUUGUGUGGUGGGUGGUUGUCCAGGUGGUUCAGAGCUGGUUGGCACAUUCGGUUUUCUUUUUUAAUGUUGCGGAGAGUGCUGGGAGGAACUUCCUUCCAGCAUACCAACCGUGCAGGCUGACAGGACACUGAAUAGGCAACAGAGAGGAGGAGGAGGAGGCUUCUCCUUCAGACUCCCAUCAUCAUCAUCAGCCAGCCCCAGGAAUUCACCUUCAUGCAAACAAAAGUUAUGGGAGCAGAGGAUGAUUAACAAAUGUAAAUUGCAGUGUGUGUAUAUAUAUAUAUAUAUAUAUAUAUAUAUAUAUAUAUAUAUAUAUAUAUAUAUAUAUAUAUAUAUAUAUAUAUACACUGCUCAAAAAAAUAAAGGGAACACAAAAAUAACACAUCCUAGAUCUGAAUGAAUUAAAUAUUCUUCUGAAAAAGUUUGUUCUUUACACAAAAAUAAAAAAAUGGAAAUCAAAUUUUUCAACCCAUGGAGGUCUGUAUUUGAAGUCACACUCAAAAUUAAAGUGGAAAAACACACUACAGGCUGAUCCAACUUUGAUGUAAUGUCCUUAAAACAAGUCAAAAUGAGGCUCUGUAGUGUGUGUGUGUGUGUGUGUGUGUGUGUGUCUGUGGCCUCUACGUGCCUGUAUGAACUCCCUACAACGCCUGCGCAUGCUCCUGAUGAAGUGGUGGAUGGUCUCCUGAGGGAUCUCCUCCCAGACCUGGACGAAAGCAUCUGCCAACUCCUGGACAGUCUGUGAUGCAACGUGACAUUGGUGGAUGAAGCGAGACAUGAUGUCCCAGAUGUGCUCAAUUGGAUUCAGGUCUGGGGAACAGGCGGGCCAGUCCAUAGCAUGAAUUCCUUCGUUUUGCAGAAACUGUUGACACACUCCAGCCACAUGAGGUCUAGCAUUGUCUUGCAUUAGGAGGAACCCAGGGCCAACCGCACCAGCAUAUGGUGUCACAAGGGGUCUAAGGAUCUCAUCUCGGUACCUAAUAGCAGUCAGGCUACCACUGGCGAGCACAUGGAGGGCUAUGCGGCUCCCCAAAGAAAAGCCACCCCACAACAUUACUGACCCACUGCCAAACCGGUCAAGGCAGUGGUAGCGGUCCUGCAGCUGGGUUGUUGCCCUCCUACGGCCUCCUCCAUGUCUCCUGAUGUACUGGCCUGUCUCCUGGUAGCGCUUCCAUGCUCUGGACACUACGCUGACAGACACAGCAAACCUUCUUGCCACAGCUCGCAUUGAUGUGCCAUCCUGGAUGAUCUGCACUACCUGAGCCACUUGUGUGGGUUGUAGACUCCGUCUUAUGCUACCACUAGAGUGAAAGCACCGCCAGCAUUCAAAAGCGACCAAAACAUAAUCCAGGAAGCAUAGGAACUGAGAAGUGGUCUGUGGUCACCACCUGCAGAACCACUCCUUUAUUGGGGAUGUCUUGCUAAUUGCCUAUAAUUUCCACCUGUUGUCUAUCCCAUUUGCACAACAGCAUGUGAAAUUGAUUGUCACUCAGUGUUGCUUCCUAAGUGGACAGUUUGAUUUCACAGAAGUGUGAUUGACUUGGAGUUACAUUGUGUUGUUUAAGUGUUCCCUUUUAUUUUUUUUGAGCAGUGUGUGUAUGUAUGUAUAAGUGUGUGUAUGUGUGUGUGUCUGUAUCUGUAAGUUUAGAACAGCAUUUGUAAGUGUAAAUUAAAUAUAAACAAGCAUAUUUAGAUCUAGAAACAAAUGCUUGAAGUUGCAUGAAAAUGAAGCAUCACAUGACAAAAUGUUAUCGUGGUUUUUGACUUUAUUCGUUGUGUAGUUAACUGUAAAUUCAUGCUUACCCCUUAAGCAGUGUGUUUUGGAGUAAACCAUAUUUGUUUUCUUUAAUUAAUUGAUCUUUUUGAGUUAACAUUUAAAAAGAAAAGUCACUGUCAAUGCAAUUUAUGUUUUUUUUUUUUUUUUUUCGGCUAGGUUACCUUUGAAAACGAAAAAAAAUGUCUGUUGCCCCGAUGUGCUAUGAGACGCAGUUUUUUGAAUUUACACCCCAGACCUGCAUACUCCGGUUGUAUAUAACAUUCCAAGACUAUUUAUUUGAAAUGCUUUUAGUUGUGGAAAGAGUCAUAUUGAAGAAGCUGGAGAGCAUCCCUGGCCACAGGAUUAGUAAAUUCCAUAUCCGAGAGAGCACUGAAAAGUAUCUGCAGUUUGUAAAUGAACGCUUCAAUCACCUAUUCCAGAAAAUGGAAAAAUGUAUUUUACGGCUGGUUUUGCAGGUGCCCAAGAAUGUUGUGUUGCCUGAAGAUAAGGUCCAUACACUAUACCCAUACAGUGCAGAACAACUUAAACAGCUUCAAAAUGAAACCGAGCUGUUACAGAAGCAGUAUAAAGCUGAAACAUUUGCCACUCAGUCCCUUUUAGCUGAGUUGGAAGAGCAGAAAGCAGUCCAGGCUGAACUGGAAAAGGUCAUUGCUUGGUUUGAUGGCCUUGAUACAAUUUGCAGAGAGCAUGGAAACAUUGAUUUGAAAGAAAGCUUUGCCUUUAUGACUCAAACCUCCAAGAAGCUUCAAGUAACAAUGAAAGAAAUCAAUGAAAAAAGCAAGAAAGUUAAACUGGAUUUAUCUUCUGUAACGCCAAUCAAUGUGAGAACAAGGAAAAAAGUCUGACUGUAUUUUUUAAAGACGUGUGUGUGUAUGUGUGUGUGUGUAUAUAUAUAUAUAUAUAUAUAUAUAAAUUUUUUUUAUUUUUUUUUUGUGUGAAUUGUACAAUAAAUGUGAUAUAGUAUUUAAUAUAUAAUCUAACAACUACGUUUUUUAGUUUAAAUAUUUUAUAUACUGUUCUGGCUUAAACAAGUACUAUAAGUAGCAGAGUAUGGCCUUAAAGGUUGUAUUGUAGUAAAAUGAAUUUAACUAUGACCUGUACACAAAACUAUUUCCUUCCUUGUGUGGAUAAUUGUACUUGCUAACAUGUGAAUGAAAUAUUUCCUAAAUCAAGCUGGGCUUCUUUGUGUGUUUUGAUAAAGGAAUAUCUGGGAUCUGACAAAUGUAAUGCAACUUUAAACAGCUUGACCAAUAUCAUUCACCAUGGCACACAAUUGGGAAGCCCACAUGGAUUUAGUUAGUGCUGUAAGAGACUUAAAUUUAGCCAGCCUGUAUUAACAUAGUGCCACAAAUCCAUGAAUGUUAAAGUAUAUGCAUUAUCCUGAGUAAAAUGUAAAACAAGGUGGAAAUAGAAUGUUGACCGUUUUAAAAAUUUUUUUUUACAGCUUUUCAAGUUAGGUUCUGAUGGAAAAUAAAUUAUAUGGGGGUAAUUCCCAAUAGUUCUGUAAAGCGAAGCAUAGCUAUCAUACAAAUUUUGUUAAUGGAGUCCAGCAAAAUAAUUAUAAAGGAUAUGAUUCACCAGCAAGUUUCACUAUGCAUGUAUUGCUUUAAAUAAUAUUUUUAGCAAACAGAGAUUGUUCACUCCCUACUCCUGAAAGGAUUCUUG